ACACAGUCAUCGAAGGAUACGCGAACUCGAAAGACGCUUCUUGGGGAAAAUAAUAAACAGAAAAAACAGACUAAAAAUAUUUAAAACAACUAAGAAAAUAACACAACUAUAAUUAAAUAAAUUACCAAGUGAAGAGAGAGAAAGAAGAAAAAAAAGUGUGGUCUAUGUUUCGUGUGAAGUCGUCUAUGCCCUUUGUUUGACAAAGAGCAAGUAAAAGGAUAGUGACAAAAUAAAUGUGGAGAAUGUGAAAAAAUAUAAAGUUUUACUACGACUGCAAAUAAACAAAUGAAAAAAAAAAAAAAUAAAUGGGCUGUAGUCAAAACUAAGUGGAAAACCUACUCAAAACUUCUUCAUAACAUGCAUUGACAAAUUAGUUUUGGACACGAUUUUAAAAUGAGGUGAACGGAGUUACACACGCCAAGAUAAAUGGACUUUCAGCAAAAAGGAUAGAAAGAAAGACAUACAGUGAAUAAUAUAAAUCAGUUUUGUAAAGAUAACAAAGGUGAAAAAAAAAUAGCGCGAGUGUUGAGAAAAUUCCAAAAAUUCUCCACCAUAAAACAUUUGUCAUACAAGCGCUAACAGUUGGUAUUCGCAGUCGGUUUGUUGUCAACGCUACUAACGCCACCGCUUUGUGUCCUUUUCACCGAUGAGAAUUGUAAAACGAAAAUCGAACCAUAGAACACUACUAGCCUUGAUGACAUCGCUGUACGUGACUAAAUAAUUAGAGGGAAUUGUUUUCCAACAAUUAUAUAUUGAAAAUGCCCCCUAAACGUCGACGUCGAUUUCAAGGCCUUUAUUAUCAUUCGUCACCGCCAAAAGUAUUACCCAUGAAUGGUCAGCUGCCAAAUGACAGCGCCCGCAGGAGGCGAGGUAGUGAUGAUUUUUCCGUAAAAUUAUCAACUAUACGCAUAUGGAUGCACGAAAAGGAUAUUGGAAAAUUAACCCGCAUACUAUGGGCUGGUCAGGGAAAUCGCCUAAGGCAACAGGCCAGCACCAAUCCCAAGGUCAAGAGAUUUCUAUCCACAGUGCCUUAUGUUAUGAACUCCAUUAAAGAUGUCCAUCAGGCUGUUAUCGAGAAUAACUUGGAAAAUCUGCAAGCGAAUUUGGAGCCACCCGUACCGCCAGCCUUGGUGACGUGUCGCGACGUCAAUGGCUUAAAUCUCAUCCACAAAGCGGCAGGCCUUGGGCAUGCCACCAUUUUGGAGUAUCUAAUCGCCACCUGGCCCGAUGGCGUUAACGAAUGCGACAUAACCGGCAAGACUCCCUUGCAUUGGGCUGCCAGUGCCAAAAAUAAUAUGCGCUGUUACACACUGCUCACGCAAGCUGGCUGUGACGAAGAAGCCGUGGAUUAUAAAAUGAAAACUCCUUCGUUCUAUCGCCAUAAGCCGAAUGAAAUUGAAAGGGCAUUUCUGACGUAUGUACCGGAAGCGCCGCGUGUCUCCCCGGAUAUCUCCACAGAUUGGGAUGCCUUGAGCGAUGACAACGGUAGUGGCAAGAAGCUUGAUAUAAGAAUUCCAGAAAUGAAUGGAUUCGGAAGACACUCAAAUACGGAAAGCAAUGAGAACACCUCGGAAGCCGAAAUGACAGAGGGUGUGAGUGCGGCUGAUGAUGAAGAUGCUGGAGGAGGAGACGACGAAGCGCUCACAGAAGAACCCGAGAAAGAAGAGGCAGCAGAGCAGGAAGCAAACGAAGAAGAGAAGGCCGAAGAAGCACAAGAAGAUGCACCUGCUGCCGACGAAGAGGAUGCCAAAGCUGAUGACGAAGAAGUGGGGGCAGAAGAUGAUGAAGCCGAAGAAGCCCAAGAGGCUGAACAAGACGCUACCGAAAACAAAGAAGACGAACCUCAAGAUGAAAAACAAACACAGUCUGUAAAUGAAUCGAAUGCCAUUAUGGAUGAGCCAAAAGAAAAUGAGGAAACGGAAGCACAAGCAGAAACGGAAGUGGAACCAGAAACUGAUAUUACAACCAAUGAAGCUGCAGAAGAGACUAAUAGUGCUGAUAAUGGUGAAGAAAACCAUGACAAGACUAAUGAAAAUGAAUCUAAAGACAAUGAUACAAAUAAAGAAGAAGGAACUCAAGAAAACGAAGAGAGCAAUAAGGAAGAAAAUGAAAAGGGAGUGAGUGAGACAAACAAUGAAGAAGUCAACAAUGAAAAUACCACAGCCGAUAGUGAAGUGAAAGAAUCUACAGAAGAGGCAGCCAGUGAGGAACCUAAACAAAACGGGGAACAACUGGAAGAUAAUCAUGAAACGAAAGAACAAACAAAUGAUAAGGAAGAAAAUGAAACAGAAUCCACAGAAGAUAAUGAAAGCAAUAAGGAAGUUGACAAUGUAGUUGAGAGUAAAGAUUCUGAAGAGAAGGAGUCCCAUAAAGAAAACCUGUUGAAUGAAGAAAAUUCGAAACAGUCUGAGAAUGAAGCAGCAACAAUGAAUGGUGAAGGUAAGCAAGAUGAUGAUGAAAAUGAAAAUAUUAAUAAUAAUGGAGAAGAAAGCAAAGUAAUCAGUGAGCAAAAUAAGGAAGACAAUACUGAAACAAACGAAACGGGUAAGGAUAAUGAAGAACUAAAUAAUGAAGAACAAAAAAAUGAAGAACUAAAUAAUGAAGAACUAAAUAAUGAAGAACUAAAUAAUAAAGAACUAAAUAAUAAAGAACAAAGCAAUGAAAAACUAAAUAAUGAAGAUGACCAUGAAGCUGGUAAGGAAGAAGACAAAUCCAAAGGAGGAGAAGAAGAAAAAAAUAAUCACGAGGGCGAUGAAUAUGAAAAUGAACAAUUUGAAGAUGAGAAUGUAAAUGAACCAGAGAAAGAAGAGGAGAAUGAAACCAAAGAAGUUCCAGAUGAGCCCAAUGAUAUUGAAAAUGAGACCAAAGGUGAUGCAACUGAAUCCAAUAAUAUUGUAAUUGAAGCCAAUGGUGUGGAAACUAAGACGAAUGAUAUUGAAAAUAAGGCAUUCGAUGAAGCCAAACCAAAUGAAGUUCCGGAAGAUUCUUCUUCUCAUGACAAGGACAACAGCACCGAGGAUGAGAAUAAUAAUAACACAAACGAUGAAAGUCUUCAAAAUGGAACCGAAGAGGCUGAAACUCAGCAACUCGAAAACUCUUCUUCGCAUAUUGAGAAAAAAGACAACUCUGAACCCUCCAAUGAAGAAGAUUCUCAGGAAACCGAACAAAGUCUUCUACAAGAUAUUCGCGAGGGUCUGACACAAAAAUUCGAUGAAAUCUCCGAAAAUCUCAAUGAUAACAUACAAGAAUUGUCUAAUAAAAUCACAAAUAUCUUUACCUCUUCAGAUGACAAGGGAAAAACCGAUGAAACUGAAUCUGGUGAUGUGGUCUUAGGUAGCGCCUCGCCCAAGUCCAAAGAUCAUCCCAAAGUAAAUGGCAUACGAAGCGGUAGUAGGAAAAGUGCCAAAAAUGUUGGUGGUGGCACCGAGAGUAGUGAUGAUUUGGCCGAUGACGAAGAUGAGGAGCCUGAGGUGGCAACAGUAGUCCAUGAAACUAGCCAAGAGGAGGAAAAAGAAGUCGAAAAAGUUGAGGAUCAAGCCGAUGAGGUUGAUGCCAAAGAGGUGGAUGCCAAAGAGCUUGAUGCCAAGGAGGUGGAUGCCAAUGAGGCAGAUGGUAAUGGCGGAGACCCUGAGGAGGAUGCUGAAGGUGAUGCCGAUUCUCCCACCUCCUCGCUGGCCAUAGAGGGUUUUGUACAUGGCGAUGCUGAAGAUAAUACAGUUCAGUCUCAAACUGCUGCUUAUGAGUCACGCAUUGACAAGAUCAUAGCCUCAGGAGAUAUGGAAAAGUUAGCCCAGAUUGUAUUGAACGGCGAUGGUCAAAAGCUGCUGGAUGUGAAUGCAACAGAGCCCGAAAUCCAAGCAUUUCUAAGAAAUGUGCCUAAUUACAUGGACAAAAUAAGGAGAGUGCAUGAGGCCUCGCGCAAUGGUAGUUUGUUAAACUUGCAACAGGCCUUGGAUAGACGAAAGUUUGCCAUAGCCAAAGAUGAAAUAUCUCCAAAUGGAGCGACACCUCUACAUGUGGCGGUACUAUUUGGUCAUAGUGAUAUCGUUCGUUACUUGGCUGCCCGGUUUCCAGAGACCACAACCACUACAGAUGUUGAUGGUCGUACAGCUCUCCAUUAUGCCGCUGUUAUUAAGGACAAUGGGCAUUUCUACAAUGUCUUGCUGCAGUUAGGUGCCAAUCCAAAAGCACCUGAUAAGAUGGGUAAGACACCCGAACAAUAUCUAGCUGAUGAUGGUCUCAAAGAAAACCUCAACUAUGGCCUACUUCUAAAGAAUUUUGGGGCCGAGGACUUAGAAUCUCAACUGCUCAACGACCAAGGUGAAGUGGAAAAUCAUAGUUUUCAAGAAAAUCCCAUAUUUAAGACCGAACAAGGCAAAUAUUUAGCCGAUAACCUUGCAGAUCCCCUUAUCAAGGCUUUGACACAAGUUGCACACAAACGACCACAGGAUCCGCUUCAGUACUUGACCAAUUAUUUGCAAAAUUUUGUAGCUACACGCCAUACUAAUGGCCGAACAAUAGUGCAAGCCGCAGUACAUUCGGGUAGCAGUCACACAAACUCCACGGCCUUGGUCAAAUCAAAUCCCACACCUCCAACACGACAAAUAAUACCCACCUCUCGCAUGAAUGGUCAUGUGAAACGCGAAAAUGCCGAUGACAUAGAAGCCGAUACAGCCCAACAAAUGGAUGAGGAGUAUGCUGAUGAAUCAGAUGCCAUGUUAUCGAAGAGAUUGGAGGAACGCGACGAACAUGGCCAAAGUAUGUUGCAUUUUGCCAGUGCCAGAUCCCAUCGUCGUGGUGGCAUAAUGCAACUAAUCGAAGAAUCCAAUGCUGAUAUAACAUACCGCGAUGAAUUGUAUCGCACUGCUAGGGAUGUGGCACUACAGGCCAAUCAAGUUAUCAAUGCCAAGGAUAUAGAUCGGUAUUUGAUUUCGCUGGCGGUAGUGGGUGAUGUCAAGCCAUUUGAAUACUUUGCCAUAUCCGGCUAUGAUCACAUUAUCGAUGUUAUGGAUGAUAAUGAUACACCCAUUAUUGAUGUGGCCGAAUCCAAGGGACAUUCAGAAUUAGCAACCUAUUUGAGGGGCGUAAGACCCAUGGAGGAGUUACGCGAAGAACUGCAUCAAAUGAUACGGGACCAUAAAGAUGAUAGAGUUAAGGAGAUCGUCAGUAGUGAAGAGGGUAAAUGGUUGAUUAUGGCCAAAAAUUAUUAUGGACGUACCGCGCUUCAUAUAGCCAUUCUGAAAGAAAAUGAAGAUUUGGUAGAACAUUUUGUUCAAAUCUGUCCAGAUGCUUUGAAAAUUGGCGAUAAUCUGGAACGUUCCCCUCUUCACUAUGCCAUGGGCACCAGCAUUGUCGAGGGCUUGAGUCGCAUUCUUAUACAGAAUGGAGCCAAACGAACAAAUAAAGAUCUGAAAGGACGACAACCGAGUUACUAUUUCAUGAAUAAGGCAGAUAUUUUACGCUUGCAGGAGGAGGAAGAUGAAAGUCGAUAGGUGAAACAACCCAAUCACAACCAACCCACAGCUAAGUCACAACAAUAAAACACCCACAAAAACCCCCCGAAGCCUUUAACUUUUUUGAUAACGGAAAUUGUUGCCUAAUUUUAACCGAAUGUUUUUUAAAGAGUGGAAUUGAAGAGUAUUAAGUUAAAGCUAUUUUACAAAACUAAAGCAGAGAAUCUAAAACAAAAAUGAAUGAAAAUGUAGUGUGUCAAAUGUUUAGUUUUAAGUAAAAUAUAACAAAAAGCAAUUGAAAACAAAGUGCACUUAUUUGAUGUGGUUUCUAUGAGAAUUUAACAUUAAGUGCCUUCAGACAUUGUGAGACAGACAGACAGAGAAACAAUGUGCUCAAUCUCUUAGUAAAUUUUUACGGCCCUAUUCACAAAACUUAAUGUAGAUUUGAAAUGUGAUUAUUUUAAAGAUUUCCUUUACAGAACGUCAUAUAAACCUAUUUUAAGGCUUUAUUAAGUUUUGUGAGUAAGGCCGUAAAUGUUUUACAUUCUUAAUUUCAACAUCGCCUAUAAUUUGAAAUGCGAUAUAAACUACGAAGAAAAUAUAAUUCAAUACGAAUUUACUUAUUUUUAUUAUUAUUGAAAAAGUCUAGCGUAUAGGAAUUUUUUAGAUAUAA